UUGGCAGGGAAGGCAAAAAGAGAAGGUAUUUUUAGUCCUAGAUAAUUGUACUGGGCCACCAGGAGCAGAGGAGAUCCUAUAAGAUAUACCUGAAAAUCCCCAGACCACCAGAAAUUGCCCACAUUCAACAAGAAUGCCGUUAUUAUGGGGGAAAAGGACGGAAAAUUACCAGUAACAGAAAGAUCACUGGAGCUUAAAUCAAAAGACCUGAGUUUGAAUGUCAGAAUCACCAUCUUUAGACCAGUUUUGGCCUUCUCGAGUCUUGAUCCAGGGAAAAUGUUGAAUGAUGCUGAUAGCAUCAUAACCAUUCUAUUGCUGCUGCUGAACAUGAUGCCCAAAGAGAAACUGCAUAUGGAGCUUGCUAAAUUAAAAGUCAUUGGCCCCAUCCAUCCCAUUGUGGCCAGGCUUGGGGAAGAUGUCACCUUGAUAUGUCAUCUUUCCCCUGAGACAAGUGCAGAACACAUUAAGGUAAAAUGGUUCCAGGCCCAGUUGACUCCUCCUCUCUACAUGGAUCAAGAUAAAGUUGAUAUGACCAGAAAGACAAUAAGAGAAAACAAAAUGACAUCACUGGUGACAUAUGCAAUCAACCAAAGGAGAGGGGCCCUGAAAAUAUUCCACGUGGAUACAUCAGAUAAUGGACAAUAUUGGUGUCGUUUUGAACAAAAUGGCAUCUACCAGGAAGCCAGUUUGGAGCUGAAAGUAGCAGGCAUGGGCUCAACCCCUCAGAUCUACCUGAAGAGAAAUGAAGAUGGAAGAGUUCAGCUGAUGUGCACUUCAGAGGGGUGGUUCCCACAGCCCCUGGUAUGGUGGAGAGGGAUUGGUGAAGAGAAUUUGUCUGCCCUCUCUGAGGUGCAGAUACAAGGUACAAAUGGUCUAUUCCAUGUGGAGGCAUCUGUGGUGGUCAGAAAUGACUCCGUGGGGAAUGUAACCUGUUCCAUCUACAACCCUUUACUUGGCCAGGAGGUGUCUGCUUUCUACAUUUCAGAGUCACCACCACUGAGGAUGAUCUCUUCUUGGAAGACCCUGCUCAUCCUCGGGAUCCUCCCUUUAGUUGCUGGUAUGGCUUUCAUAUGGAAGAAGUACUAUAGAAAAGAUGCUAAUAACCCGAAUCCUCAUCUAGUUCUAACGAUCUCUGCAGGUGUGAAUGGUACUCUGGACUCAAAAACAGCACAUCCUGAACUCAUCCUUUCUGACAAAGGGAGAUGUGUGACUCGUGGAAACAUAGGACAGAAGCUGCCUGACAACCCAGAGAGAUUUAAGUUCCUACCAAGUGUGUUGGGCCCAGAGAAAAUCACUUCUGGAAGACAUUACUGGGAAGUUGAGGUUGGGCAUGGGUCUGGGUGGUUCCUGGGCAUCUGCAGAGAAGAUGUGAGUAGGAAUGGAGGUAUUCCAAUGACACCUGAGAAUGGUUACUGGGUCAUGGGCUGCUAUGGAAAACAGUACUGGGCCAUCACAUCACCACCUACCCUUCUCUCCCUCAGGAGGUCCCCCCACAAGAUUGGUGUUUUACUAGACUAUCACCGUGGGUACCUUUCCUUUCAAAAUGUGAUGGAUGGGUCCCACCUCCACACAUUCCACACUACUUCCUUCUCUGGUACCCUACGUCCCUUCUUCCUCUUAUGGUCCCCUAGUUUUAAAGAUUCUUCAGGAAUGUUACGUAGAUUGGGGUAAGCCAAGAGAACCACUGGAAAAACGACCAUGGCCUAUUUUUGAGGAAUUCUAUGACUCCACGGACAUCACCAUUGGCUACCGGGGACCAAGAUUCACACAGCUGCCAGCUUUCUCAUCUCCUACACCAACACCUCAACAGUAUAUGGGAGGGGGGGCAGCUAGGUGGUACAGUGGAUAGAGCACCGGCCCUGGAGUCAGGAGUACCUGAGUUCAAAUCCAGCCUCAGACACUUAAUACUGUUAAAAUAUUUUUGAUGACUAACUUAAUU